CCUCAGACUAUACAGCUGACUCUCAAGAGGACAUUGCAGUAUUAUGAACAUCAAGUUAUCAGUUAUAGGGAUGCAGAAAAGAAUUUCCACAAUAUCUUUAACAGAUGUUCCUAUGCAGACCAUUCCAACAAAGAGGAAAUUGAAGAUGUCUCAGGAAUUCUUCAGUGCACUGCUAAUGUACUCGGUCUGAAGUUCCAGGAAAUUCAAGAAAGAUUUGGUGAGGAAUUCUUUAAGAUAUGCUUUGAUGAGAAUGAGAGAGUCCUUCGAGCUGUGGGUGGCACAUUGCAGGACUUCUUCAAUGGCUUUGAUGCAUUGUUGGAACACAUUAGAACUUCUUUUGGGAAACAGGCCACUCUGGAGUCACCAUCUUUCCUAUGCAAAGAGCUUCCUGAAGGUACUCUCAUGCUGCAUUACUUCCAUCCUCACCAUACUGUGGGGUUUGCAAUGCUGGGAAUGAUUAAGGCUGCAGGAAAAAGAAUCUAUCAUUUGAAUGUGGAAGUGGAGCAAAUUGAAAAUGAAAAGUUGUGCUCUGAUGGUUCAAACCCAAGCAAUUGCAACUGUAUUUCUUUCCUUAUCAAAGAAUGCGAAACUCUUCACAUCCCAAAGAAUAUUCCACAAGGUACUUCCCAAGUUCCUGCAGAUCUCAGAAUUAGCAUCAACACCUUCUGCAGAGCCUUCCCAUUCCAUUUGAUGUUUGACCCCACCAUGGCGGUUCUUCAGCUGGGGGAGGGCCUAAGGAAGCAACUUCGAUGUGACACUCACAAAGUGUUGAAGUUUGAAGACUGCUUUGAGAUAGUCUCUCCAAAGGUUAAUGCCACAUUUGAAAGGGUCUUGCUGCGACUCUCCACCCCAUUUGUGAUAAGAACCAAGCCUGAAGCUUCUUGUACUGAGAAUAAAGACAAGGUGAUGGAAAUCAAAGGACAGAUGAUCCAUGUCCCGGAAUCAAAUGCCAUUUUGUUUUUGGGCUCUCCAUGUGUGGACAAGUUGGAUGAACUCAUGGGCCGAGGACUACAUCUCUCAGACAUUCCUAUUCAUGAUGCUACUCGGGAUGUCAUAUUAGUUGGAGAGCAAGCAAAGGCCCAGGAUGGCUUAAAAAAGAGGAUGGAUAAAUUAAAGGCCACCUUAGAAAGAACUCAUCAGGCCUUGGAAGAAGAGAAGAAGAAGACAGUGGAUCUGCUGUAUUCCAUUUUCCCUGGUGAUGUAGCCCAGCAGUUGUGGCAAGGACAGCAAGUACAGGCCAGAAAGUUUGAUGAUGUCACCAUGCUCUUCUCAGACAUUGUGGGCUUCACAGCCAUAUGUGCACAGUGUACUCCCAUGCAAGUGAUCAGCAUGCUCAAUGAGCUCUACACCAGAUUUGAUCACCAGUGUGGAUUUUUGGAUAUUUACAAG